AUGCUACUGCCCAACUCCGGCUUCGCCAAGAAGGUGACGCGCCCGGCCGUCGUCAACACGAUGCCGGGAACGCAACUGGCCGUGCGCCUCGCGAUGCAGCAGAACGCCACGCCGGUUGCUUCAGCAGCGACGGCGGCAGCGGCGGUUUCAGCGGCCCUUCCGAGCGGAGACUUCGAAGAAGUACAAUCGCCGGCUCACGCCAGCACCGGUAGCGCGGUGGCGGUGGGGGCCGGUCAGGCGGAUGCAGCAGGGCUGGUGGCGGUGAACGCAAGCGCCGACGUACCCUUGGCUCCCAUCCUUUACGGAGACGCAUUGCUUGCGGGGGGCGGCGGUGGCAGCAGCGGACGCGGCGGUGGCGGUGGGGGCGGCGACUCUGCAGGGGGCGCCCCAGCCAUCAGGAGUGGUGUUGGUGGCGGCCUGGGCGGCGGGGACAGCGCCGGAGGCGGCAGGAGCGCCGCCAGCGCUGCAGUCCUCCGACAAAUGAGCGCCGAGGUACAAGAGGCGGUAGCGACGGCAGAGUGCAGGAGUGCGGAGGCGGUCAGCGGAGGGGGAGGAGGAGGCGGAUCUGAGGCAAGCGGCCGGGCAGGAGAGAGGGCCGUUGGAGAUGCCGUUGGAGGAGAAGGUGCAGGCAUGGGACUCGAGAGGCUAGAGGGUCGGUAUGGAGCCAUCGACCACCCUCCCACCGGACGGCGCAGCUCUUUGUCUCCUCGCGCACACUUGGAAGGGCUCCUGCAGGGCGCCACCGGCGACGGAUUUGGGGCCAGGGCACUCUUGCGCUCAGCCCCCGCGGUGGCGGAUGCCGUCGAGCACGCGGUGGGUGCGGCCGACAUUUCGGUUUCUAACGCACCCUCCCCGGCGGAUGUAGCAGCAGCAGCAGCAGGAGCAGCGGGCCCGGUGGGCUCGAACAUCGGUCCGAUCCCAGCAAGCUCCAUCUUUGCCGCAGUUCCAGUACCGGAGAGCGGCGACGGUGCAGGCUUUUCUGCCCCCUACUCCGUCGGAAGCCUCGGCAGCGAGGAAGGGUCGCCGGCGAUGGGCCUAGUGACAGAGGAGGCGGCGGAUUGGCUGACGCGAGAUUGGCAACAUCCCCGAGGCGGAAGAGGAUGA